AUGGGUUGGCUCAGUAUCCGCCAUCAAUACCAAAAACCGUGUCCGGUUGAAUCGAAUGUCAAACCGGCCACUGAGGAUGUGCAAUCGUGGGUAGAGCACAUAGAACAUGCUCGCAGCACCCCGUGCAAUUUGGAAUUCCCGUUCCAGCAUGAAUCCACGCCUGAUCAUGCGUUGCCCUUCAUUCCCGCCGACCGAGUCCGCGAACAAGCAUUUGAUACCUGCGGGGAUCCGCUUCUCGCCUGGAUUGUCAUUGACAAUAUCGUCUACGAUUGUACAAACUUUAUUCACCAACACCCAGGCGGAGAUACCGUUAUUCGAAGUUUUGUUGGUGAGGAUUGUUCCUGGCAAUUCCACCGCUUGCAUUCCAGGCAGACUAUGGAGGAAUAUGGCCGGCCCUUGCGUGUUGGACGGACUGAAGGAAUACAGAAUCGGUUCAAAGAAAUACCGAGGUAUAUUGGAUCAUCGAAACUGAAGAGCGAGGAGUGGUAG